CAUUUAAACUUUUAGAGAUUACGGUUGUUAUAGCGCUUCGUUGAUUGUCCCUAUUCGUAAAUAUUCUUAUUUUCGUUCGUUCCAGCGAAUAACUGAUCAAAAACAUAGAGAAGAACAUCAUGAAAUUGCUGAUUUUAUUAUCGCUAGUAGCCGGCAUUUAUGGCGCUACUAAUGGUACCGCUAAUCUUAUGUGUUAUUAUGAUUCGGGCAGUUUUAUACGUGAAGGUUUGGGCAAACUGUUAAAUCCCGAUUUAGAACUUGCUCUACAAUUCUGUUCGCACUUGGUUUAUGGUUUUCUGGGUGUCAAACCUGAUAUAUAUCAAGUCUAUAGUUUACAUGAAGAUUUAGAUGUACACAGACAUCAGUUUUCCGAAAUAACUGCGUUAAAAAGGAAAUAUCCUCAUUUGAAGAUAUUACUCAGUAUUGGUGGCGAUAAAGACAUAGAUCCAGAUCAUCCUAAUAAAUAUAUUGAACUAUUAGAGGGUGAACGUGUCAAACAGACCGCCUUUAUUAAUACCGCCUAUUCGAUGGUACGCUCUUAUGGUUUUGAUGGUAUCGAUUUAGCUUUCCAGUUUCCUAAAAAUAAACCACGCAAAGUUCAUUCCGAUAUUGGUUCUAUCUGGAAAAAGUUUAAGAAAGUCUUUACGGGAGACUUUAUUGUGGACCCCAAUGCUGAUAUGCACAAGGAGCAGUUUACUACUUUGGUGCGUGAUUUGAGAAAUGCCUUGAAACCUGAUGGUUUAAUGUUGACCCUAACAGUGCUUCCUAAUGUAAACUCGACUUGGUACUUUGACGUCCCUGCCGUCUCUAGUUUGGUUGAUUAUGUCAAUUUGGCCGCCUUUGAUUUCCUUACACCUGAACGCAAUCCCCAAGAAGCCGAUUACACUGCUCCCUUAUAUGAACUAUACGAUCAAAAUCGUUUACCUCACUAUAAUGCCGACUUUCAAGUAUCUUAUUGGUUACAAAAUCAAUGUCCAGCUCACAAAAUUAUUUUGGGUAUGACUACUUAUGGUCGUGCUUGGAAGCUAACAUCUGAUUCCGGCUCUACUGGUGUCCCCGUAGUUCCCAAAACUGAAGGUCCCGCUGAGGCUGGUAUGCAAAGUCAAACACCUGGUCUCUUAAGUUGGCCAGAAAUUUGUGCUAAACUACCCAAUCCGGCUAAUGCUUUCCUUAAGGGAGCCGAUGCUCCUCUUAGACGUGUUAGUGAUCCCACCAAACGUUACGGCACUUAUGCCUACCGUCCAGCUGAUGAUAAUGGUGAAAAUGGUAUUUGGAUCAGUUAUGAAGAUCCCGAUUCUGCUUCGAAUAAAGCCAGUUAUGUUAGAUCGAAAGGUCUAGGUGGCCUGUCUUUGUUUGAUUUAAGUUAUGAUGACUUCCGUGGUCUAUGCACCGGUGAUAAAUAUCCUUUGUUAAGAGCCGCCAAAUAUCGUUUAUAAUCGUUUAAAUUAUUUUGAAGUUUAUGUAAAUGAAGGACUAAAUAAAGCAAACAAUUUAAUUAUUUUACUGAA